CCAGCUCGCGGAGAGACUCUGGGAAGGGGAAAGGGAGCCUGAAGUAUGAAUUUCCAAAGCUUUUGAAGGGUGAUUUACUCUGAGUUUCUACAACUAGAUACACCAGUGACCCUGGACACUAACAAAACAAAUAAAAGCCCGAACCCAAACCCUGCCACCAUCAUAGUUGUCUAAAAUUCAUCUGUAUGCAUGCAGAUACUUUUGAAGAUACAUCUCUUGGAACCUUGUACCCUGCUCUAACCUGCACUGAUGGUUGUCUCCUGGUUGAGCCCACCAGACAAGAGAUCCUUGUGUCUUACCUUCUCCAGAAAAUAAUUCUCCAGGCUUCUGCAAGUGUGGGAGAGAGCAGUUGCCUGGCUGUGCACAGUAAAAGGGAGUAUUGUUGGGAAUACUCCAGAUUCCUUGCAUUUUCACGUGAAUUUUAGGUCUGUAAUUACUUUGGAAUCAUUAAGCAUGGCAUCAAAGAAAUUUGCUGUUAAAUGUGGGGAUUUUGCUGUCCUGGUGGAUCUUCAUGUUUUGCCACAAGGUUCAAACAAAGAUACCAGCUGGUUUUCUGAACAGAACAAAGAGGAGGUCUGUUUACUGUUAAAAGAAACCAUUGAUUCGAGAGUUAAGGAGUACUUGGAAGUUCGUAAACAGCGCAAGCCAUCAAAUAUAGAAUUCACAAGAUCCAGUCCAUUGUCCUUAAAAGGUUUUGGUUUUCAAAUCACAGCCUAUUUCCUCAAGAGAGGUAUACGCCUUCGCUGCUUUGGGGGUUCACAGAAUCCUGAACUUCGUGUAUUCCCUGACAGAUUUGUGGUCUGUGUAAGUCAGCUUUCAUUCAGUCAUGAUCUUUCAACACAGAAGGAAGAGCUGACAGAAAGAGCUCUCCGUGGAGUGUCUGAUUAUUUUGCCGAGCACGCAGAGAGUCCACUUCCUCCCAGUGCAAAGCUCAAGAGAAAUGCUCUGAAAGAAAUUGUGAAAAGAGCUGAAACAAAAAGCAGCAUCAUGAGCAAAUCACAGAGCAGCAGGGACUCUGUGGGAACAUCUAGUGACUCAGUGAUUGCAGAGAUGGCAGUGAGAAGAGGUGAUAGUCCAGCUUCAUCCAGUGCCCCACUGGAGGCCAUGGGACAAGCAAAGGAUUACAUAAAGGCAGCUGAGAGCCACUGGGGGCUUCCUGCUCAAAAGCUGGAAAAUGUUCAUCGGGCCCAGCCAGAAGGCACUAGCAGCCAGCAAAAACCUCAUCCUGGGGAGUGGUUAGAGACAGGGCUUCUAAGCGGGAGCCCUGUCUGGAGAUGUGAGUCAGCAUCACCAUGUCCAAAACAAAGUCCACGAGGGGCCAGAACACAACAGAAACGCAGGAACUGUGGCUCUGUGGAAGACUUCGACCACCACAAGAGAGUUUCUUUUGGAAGUGAUCGAUUAGCCCCGAGAGAAAUAAUAGUGGAAAAAAGCAAAGCUGUCAGAGUUUUACCAACUUUAGAGCUGUCAGAUCCGGGGUUACUUUUGAAAUAAGAUUUGGCAAAAACCAUGUCUAAUGAAGAGUUGCAUGUUUUUGUAUAAAGGACACAUGGA